AUGGCGUUGAAGGUCCUUUCUGCCCUUGACACUGCAAAAACCCAGUACUACCACUUCAAAGCUAUCAUUAUUGCCGGCAUGGGGCUCUUCACCGACGCUUAUGAUCUCUUCUGUAUUCCUCCGAUCCUGAUACUGAUCUCCCGGAUAUAUUAUGAUGAGAAGAAAACAAUCAAUAUUCCUAAACAUGUUAUGACUAUCAUAAUAGGUACAGCUCUUUUGGGGACUGUCAUUGGUCAACUGAUCUUCGGUAGAAUGGGUGAUCUAAUCGGGAGACGGCGUGUGUAUGGGCUUGCAUUGAUGUUGAUGGUGAUGAGCUCUAUUGGAUGUGGUUUCUCCGUUUGUACCUCAAGGGAGUGUGUAAUCGGGAGUCUUGUGUUUUUCAGGUUUUUGUUGGGUGUUGGGAUUGGUGGGGACUAUCCGUUGUCAGCAACAAUCAUGUCGGAGUUUGCUAACAAGAGAACACGCGGUGCCUUCAUAGCCGCUGUGUUUUCCAUGCAGGGUUUUGGAAUUUUGGCAAGUUCAAUCGUCACCGUGGUGGUUUGUCAGAUAUUUAAGGAAGCAUCACAUGCAUCAAAGUCUGCUCCGGCGCCAUCAAAUGCGACGGUUGCUCUAGCGCCAUCAAAUUCCUCAGUUGAUCUGGCUGGGGCCGACAUUGCCUGGAGAUUAAUACUGAUGCUGGGUUCAAUCCCGGCUGCUUUGACUUAUUAUUGGCGCAUGUUGAUGCCCGAAACUGCUAGAUAUACAGCUCUGGUAGAACAAAAUGCUCUGCAAGCUGCUAAAGACAUGGAGAAAGUGUUACAGGUUUCAAUGAGUCAAAUUACAGAAGAGGUCCCAUUGGAACCAAGACCACCAUCUUAUCCUCUCCUAUCCAAAAAAUUCCUUCGCCACCAUGGCCGUGAUCUCUUCGCUAGUUCCACGUCAUGGUUCCUCCUUGAUAUCGUCUUUUACAGUAGUAACCUCUUUCAAUCCAAAAUUUACCACAAGUACGUUGAUGAAUUUACCAAUCCCUAUGAUGAAGUGAUCAGAGUUGCCAUGGUCCAGGCUAUUAUUGGAGUCUGCGCAACCAUUCCAGGUUACUAUGUCACUGUCUAUUUAAUUGAUCGGAUUGGAAGAGUCAGAAUCCAAUUCCUUGGUUUCUUCUUUAUGGCCAUAGUUUAUUUGGCCAUUGGAAUACCUUAUCAGUAUCACUGGUACAAAGAGGCAGAUUUCUGGUUUAUGUUCCUCUAUGGCCUCACUUUUUUCUUUGCAAAUUUUGGACCCAACACUACCACUUUUAUUGUGCCUGCUGAACUUUUUCCGGCUAGAUUUAGAUCAACAUGUCAUGGAAUUUCAGGGGCCAUAGGAAAGGUGGGUGCCUUAAUUGGGACAGUUGGAUUGUUGUGGGUUAUAGAAGAAGAUGACGACGGUUAUCCAAAACCCGAAGGUAUGACAAAAGCAUUGAUCACGAUGGGUGGGGUUUGUUUUUUGGGAAUGGCAGUGACGUAUUUCUUCACUCGGGAAACUAUGGGGAGAUCUCUGGAAGAGAAUGAGAAUGAAGAUGAAUCAAGCGAAAUAUGUUUCUUUAGAUGUCUAACUGGUUCUUGUAUCCAGCGGACUAACUCGUCUCCCAGUGAAGUUGCAGCCGCUUAGCAAGGCCAAGCUCGGACUCUCAAUUUGUACCUGUUUUGUAAAAAUCAAACUCCAUCUAUAUGUUUUAAGUAGUAGUUAGGCCAAAGAGACUAUUUGAGAUCGAUAAAAGUUUCUUUCAG